AUGCGCACAUAUGAAGGUCUCUCGGGCCAAUGUAUAAACUUCUCAAAGUCUGCCAUUACCUUCUCUGCUAGAACUCCCUCAGAGGUUAAGCUUCGGGUAAAAGUGGCCUUAGGUAUUGAUGCUGAAGGUGGGCUAGGAAAGUAUCUUGGACUACCUGAGCACUUCGGGAGGAAGAAAUGGGAUAUCUUUGCAUCGAUUCUAGACCGCAUUAGACGAAAAGCCCAAAGCUGGACCUCACGCUUUCUCUCUGGCGCGGGUAAGCAAGUGUUGUUGAAGGCCGUUCUCACCGCGAUUCCAUGCUACUCUAUGACAUGUUUUAAACUCCCAAAAUCUCUCUGUAAGCAAAUUCAAUCUCUUCUUACGAGAUUUUGGUGGGAUGCGAAUCCGGAGAAACGUAAGAUGUGUUGGGUAGCUUGGAACACUCUCACUCUACCAAAAUAUGAUGGCGGUCCAGGUUUUAAAGACAUUGAGACGUUCAACGAUGCUUUGCUGGCUAAAGUUCUAUUGGGAAAAUACGCUCGAUACUCAUCCUUCUUGGAUUGUCAAGCACCGUCUACUGCCUCUCAUGGCUGGAGAAGUGUUUUGGUGGGGAGAGAGAUCUUGAAAAAAGGCCUCAGCUGGACAGUAGGAAGCGGAGACAAGAUUCGUGUAUGGAGCGACCCAUGGUUAUCUUGUGAAGCUCCAAUGAUUCCGAUAGGACCACCUAAUAGAACAGAAGCUAAUCUCAUGGUAAGCGACCUCCUCUGCCCAAUCUCGAACGCAUGGGACAUUGACAAGAUAAGGAGGUUCUUACCUCGGUAUGAAGACGUCAUUCUGUGUCUGAUCAUGAGUUGUGCUCCGGCCCCAGAUACGCUAGCUUGGCUCCUGGACAAAUCUGGUGAAUAUACCACGAAAACAGGUUACAGAGCGGGCUUAAACAUUGAUGAUCUGGCCCCUCCUGAAUUUGAUUUUAAUUGGACUAAAAGCAUCUGGAACGUUAAAACCGCUCCAAAGCUGAAAGAUUUCUUGUGGAAGGUGGUCCGUAGAGCUAUCCCCGUGAGUGCCAAUCUGGAAAACAGGGGAAUUCUACCCUUUCGCUGCAAGACGUGCAACGCAAGAGAGGAUGAUUUACACGUGUUCUUAAAUUGCGAGGUGGUGAAACUGGUAUGGGAUCUGGCUCCGUUAUCUACUCGACCUUCCUCCAUGGCAUCACUGAUCUCUAAUGCUCCCUUUCAUACGAAUUUACCCCCUGUUGGUCUUACGGUACCCCUAUGGCCAUGGAUCUUGUGGAAUCUAUGGAAAACUAGUAAUAAGCUCUAUUUCGAUAACAGGACUUUUUCUAGUAUGGAAAUCAUUGCAAAAGCUAUAUCUGAUGCCAAGGAGUGGCAAUCUGCUCAAAGCCAGGAGAUGACGCAAGAGCUUAUCUCAGGCCCUCAAACGGCCCGACCCAACUCUGCCUUACUAAGCGAUGGCCCUCCCCGCACUGUAAGAUGUAAUGUUGAUGCAGCGUGGGAUCAGAGAUCAGGCAAUUGUGGCACCGGAGCAAUCUUUUCAGGUGAUAAUACCUACCCGCUAUCGAGUCCUCGCAGCGGCGCACACAGUCAUAUCUCAUCGGCGUUAAUGGCUGAAGCCCUCGCCAUCCGUUCUGCGGUCAUGUAUGCUGCAUCAUCAAAUGUUAAAGUCCUAAUGAUUCUGUCUGACUCCCUCUCCCUGGUCAAGUUACUGAAGGAAAGGAGGUCCAUCCCAGCUUUGUUUGGAAUUGUGUUUGAUAUCUAUCAUUUUAGCUCUACCUUUGAUUCUGUUUUGUUUCAUUAUGUUCCCCGGUUGUGUAAUGUGGAGGCUGAUGAUGUGGCAAAAUCAGCCCUCUCAUUGCUUAACGAAUCUUCCGUCAAUGGAAUGUAA